AUGUUACAAACUGCUCAACUAUCGAGAUCUCGUGUAUAUAAUGAUAAUUUUAAUCAUAAUGAAGCUGAUUCAGACAUAAAAGGAAGUCCCAAAAGUCAAGGUAUAUAUAGUUCAGAUGAAGCAGAGUCCUCAACUGCUAGAAUAGUCAGAGGCACAGGUUCAGGCAGGGGUAUUACUAAAGGUGGUAAUUGA